AUGAAUCAGGACCAGCAGCUUUCACUGAAGAUUAAGUACCUUAAACUAAAGCGAGUCAACGGACUCAAUAAUAAACUCAGGGGUGAACUGUCUAGGGAGAGAAUCACAGCCUCUAAUGCAUGUCUUUCAAUAGUUAAUUAUGUUUCCACCCAUAAGGAUUAUGCGAUUCCCGAGAUAUGGGGGUACCCAAGUCCAGGUGCUAAUCACUUCCGAGAUGGCCAAAGAUUAAGACUGAGACAGGCACCGGGGCAGGUCCGCGGUUCAGGUAGUGACGCUGCCUGUUGUACAAUCAUGUAG